AACUGUGCUCAUGCUAGCUGUGCAAGAUUCAAAUUCUCGACGGCUUUGCCGAGUUUGACUUUGUUUUGCAAUUUUGACACCCCAUAUAUGAUUGAUUGAUUAGUGAUGGCUGACAUGAAUUUUAGUGAAGAGGAUAUCAAGAGACAACUGGAGUUACUUGGCUAUCGUGAUGUACCAAGGCAUCGACUUGCUCAGUUUGCAAGAGAUCUUGAGAGGAUGAUUGAUGAAGAGAAACAAUCAGAUGAUUCUCUCUACUCAAAUAUUAGUGAUCAUCAUAGUUCAUCAAGGAUCAGAUCACCUGAUACCUCUGAUGUAUCAUAUGACAGAUCAGCUUUUCGAUCGCCUUUUAAUGAUGUACCAAGACAACCAAAUACAAGACAUGUACAGUUCACCGAACAACCUACAUUGAAAGAAUCCAGACUAGAUCAAGAGAAUCAACCAAUCCCUACCAAUUCAUCAGGAGUUCAAAGAUCAGGUCAAGUCAGGUCAACAGGGGUCAAUGACUCCAAGGUAUAUGAUCCAUAUCAGAGGAAAGAUAACAGACCUGGGGAAGUUGAAAGGUCAAGUAAGGUCAUUACUCCAGGAGGCAUUGACUCUAAGGUAUAUGAUCCAUAUGAGAGAAGAGAAGCCAGGUCCAGAGUCCCUGCUGCCAAGAAGGUUUCAAUGAAGAGGAAAGUUGUGAGGAAACGAGAUGGACAUUCUCAAGUGUUUGAUGAAUCAGUGACAGAAAGUGAAUCUGAUAUAUCCUACCUGAAUGAGAGACUUCAAGAUCUACCUUUAAAUGACGAUGAGACAGAGUCUGAUGUUUCGAGCACAGGGUUUGAUAGCUUUAGAAGACAUGUGGGUAGACCUCAUUCUUCACAAGGAUUGUAUUCCCACCGCCCAGCUGGAAAUGAUGAGAGUGUAUAUAAACCACAUCUACCACGUUCAUUUAUCAGACCAUCAAGUGCUAAUACAACAUGGAAGCACAACAAAAAGACAGAUCCUGUAACAAGACAUCAAAUGUAUCGAGAGCAAUGGAAUACUCAGAAGGCUCCAGGAGAAAAGAAUCAUAAAGGUCUUAGAUGGAGUGUGAGGGAACUGAUGAUGUAUAAAGAUGAGAUUGUUCAACCGAGGUCUAAACCACGAGUCUAUGUUCCUAACAAUUACGUGAUUCCUUCUGACAAGAAACGUCAAGCGCUUCGGUGGGCAGUCAGAACUCAAUUAGCUCAUAGAGAAAUGCCUUCAACCUCAUUCGAUUUGUAAUAGUAAUUGUUGAAUUCUUAAUCCACCUUGAUAUUAACUUGGCUCAAGACAUAUCCAUCAUUCCUAUUCUAUCAUUAAAAGGGUUGUAGUAGCCAUCUCUGCAAUUAAAUCAAAGUUUACUAUCAGCACACAAGACAUAAAUAGUCAUGCAGCAUGUCUUAGUAUAAUUGAAUGAAAUGAUGAUUUACCUUAUAUAGUAUUGAGUGGUGAGUGUGAUUUUACUCAUAUCACAGCAAAGAGGCAGAUCACGUUGAUGCUUACAUAUCGCAAUCAUGUAAGUGCAAAUCAUUGUUAUUCAUAUUCACACGAUUCUAUGGUGUGAUUUUUUUCUUUCUUUCCCAUUAUCUUAUUGUAAAUUAUCCCCCAAACUAACAGCGUAACUUGAGCAUACAUUGUAGCUGGCAGGCAAGGUUAUUAUAUUGCCUAGGCAAGCAAAAUAUAAUAAAGCAUGAUAUAUCACAAAAAAAUUACAGCAAAUGAA